CCACGCAGACAGCAUCCUCUCCUCCCGCAACACCCAUCACCUCGACUGCGACCCGCGCCCGAGUCCAGCCACCGCUCUACAACCAUAGUCCAGAGCCGCUUCCCCAGACCAACACGUCCGUUGCAGAGGACCCUCACAUCGCCAUGGCCGAGUCCGCAUCCCCAAUUGGCAUUGCCAAUCUGCCUAACCAACGCCACAAGAUCGUUGCCAAGCGCGGCGCUGCUUUCACCAUAAUGGUGGCUGGCGAGUCCGGUCUUGGAAAGACGACCUUCAUCAACACCCUCUUCUCCACGACAAUCAAGAACUAUGCCGACCACAAGCGCCGACACAACAAGCAGAUUGACAAGACUGUCGAGAUUGAGAUUACCAAGGCCGAGUUAGAGGAGAAGUUCUUCAAGGUCCGCCUCACUGUCAUUGACACUCCUGGAUUCGGCGACUACGUCAACAACCGCGACUCCUGGCAACCAAUCAUCGAGUUCUUGGACGACCAGCAUGAGUCGUACAUGCUCCAGGAGCAGCAGCCUCGCCGCAGCGACAAGAUCGACCUCCGAGUCCACGCCUGCCUCUACUUCAUCAGACCUACCGGACACACCUUGAAGCCGCUUGAUAUUGAGGUUAUGAAGCGUCUUUGCACCCGAGUCAACUUGAUUCCAGUCGUGGCGAAGGCGGAUACCUUGAGCCCAGCAGACCUAGCCAAGUUCAAGUCAAGGGUCCGAGCUGUUAUUGAAGCCCAAGGCAUCAAGAUCUACCAGCCACCGCUUGAGGAGGAUGACGAGGCUGGUCUCCAGCACGCACGCAGCUUGAUUGCUGCGAUGCCGUUCUCUGUCAUUGGAUCCGAGAAAGAUGUUCAGACCAACGACAACCGCACCGUCAAGGGCCGCCAGUAUGCCUGGGGUGUGGCCGAGGUGGAGAAUGAGGAACACUGCGACUUCAAGAAGCUCCGCGCCAUCCUCAUCCGAACUCACAUGCUCGACCUGAUUCACACCACGGAAGAGAACCACUACGAGGCAUACAGGGCAGGGCAGAUGGAGACGCGGAAAUUUGGCGAGGCUCGUCCCAGAAAGCUGGACAACCCCAAGUUCAAGGAGGAAGAGGAGGCCCUUCGCAAGCGAUUCACCGAGCAGGUCAAGGUUGAGGAGCAGCGAUUCCGAUCGUGGGAGCAGAAGCUCAUCUCCGAGCGCGACCGUCUCAACAAGGAUCUGGAGCAGAGUCACGCCGUCAUCAAGGCUCUGGAACAGGACGUCGACUCUCUGCAAGGCAGCCUCAACCGCUCUCACGGCCGCCGCUAGGUUGCUUGCAUGUGCACGCUUCUCUCCGUUUUCUCAUUUUUGCUUCAAGAUACCUCUCCUUUCGACUUCUUAGGUUUCUAAUGGCGUGGCGUAUAGCGACAGGAGGCUUGACUUCCUGGAGGCUGAGAGCAUGUUCCGCGCUGCUUAGCUUCAGGGAGGGGUAAAGUUAGCAUAUUGGUGUUUGCGGGAACGUUGUGUGGUGACGGGAAAAAUAGGGACCAUAGCACACGGGUACCUCUUCGGGUCCUGUAGUUUAAUUAGGUUCUGUAAGGCUGGUCCAAUGGUGUGUUUCGUGUUCUCGUGUCAGUCAAUUGCCUGUGAUGUAUGAUUUGUAGCAUAAGGUCGUCCUCAUUCCAAUCUAACAACUCCAAGAUCUGCUCUUUUGCC